AUGGCCCGUCGUAACCAUAAGAAGUCUCGCAACAAAAAGAAGAAGAAUGGUGCGCAGGCUAAUUGCUCCGCUGCACCCGCAACCAGUGCGAGCAGACCUCCUCUGAGGAGUUUGUUGUCUGUUGAGGAUUGUCCGGAACAAAUGCCACCAGUGUUCGAUUCCAUGGUGCGCGAGAGAGAUGUCGUGGGGCAUGAUGAUAUUUCCGGCGAAGAUGCUCUGGACGCCUGGGCCGACAAGGUGCUUGAUUUUUUGGAGUUUUCAAAGAAAUGCGAUGCCUGGCAGGCUACCCACGAUGACGAAAAUUUGGCACCGAAUGCACCAUCCACCCUCGGUGCUGCCAAGCCAACCACCACCAAAUCAUUUGCCCAGCCAACCGUAGGAGAAGCGGAGAGUGGGGCGAAGAAGCCAAAACAAUAG